UUUCCAUCGCAUUCUCUCUCUCCCUUCCUACUAGACCGUCAAGCGCCGAGCCUCAUUGGAAGAGAGAUUUCCAGAGUGCCGAAUUCCGCGGGUUUCUCUUCCAGGAGUACCCACAGCCGACUGCGAAUGGAUAGGAGAUGCCGGCUCGACCCUGCUACUUCACACUUCGUUCGUCUGAAUCAUUUGAGCAUUCGCAGUGUCAGUCCUAACACCGCACUGUUCCUUAUAUCGAUUGCCCAAUUGGUCGUGUCGCUAUCAUUUGAAUGUCACGCAGACACACACAUGAGACCUCAAUCGUACUCGGCAAACAUGAAUGAGAAUACAAAACUCUCAGUUCAGAAAUUCUAGAGACUGAGGUCAUGCUAUAAAUGGAUCAUGGAAGCAUGUCCGGCAUCAAAUAAAC